CCUUGGCCAUCGCGAAUAAGAAUUCCCUCUGGCCACAGCCAUGUCCUGCUACGACCUCUGUGCCCCCACGUCCUGCGGCCCCACGCCGCUGGCCAACAGCUGCAACGAGCCCUGUGUCCGGCAGUGCCAGGACUCCACCGUGGUCAUCCAGCCGUCCCCCGUGGUGGUCACCCUGCCCGGGCCCAUCCUCAGCUCCUUCCCGCAGAACACCACCGUGGGAUCCUCGGCCUCCGCCGCCGUCGGGAGCGCUCUGAGUGCCGGGGGGGUCCCCAUCAACUCGGGCAGCUCCUUGGGCUUGGGGGGCUUUGGCUACCCCGGGCUGGGCAGUGGCUACAGCCGGCCCUACCGGCGCUACAACCCCUCCCGCAGCGGCUUCUACGGGCCCUGCUAAGGCGAGAGGAGAAAGAAGAGCAGGAAUGCCGAACCCCGACCCGUUCCUGCAGCAGGACUGAGCUCCCGGCCGCGCUUUUUGGAUGCCACGCCAGACACCCCCAGCCUGGAGUUAAAGGAGCUGUGGGAGUUCGACAUCCCCCCAAGCCAGGCCUUUGCUUGUGUUUUGUUGUGCUUUUCUCUGAUUGAAUGCCUUGUCCCGCUUUUUGUUUUGUUUUGGGUUGUUUUGUUUGGGUUUUGUUUUUUUUUUCUUUUUUUUUUUUUGUAUUUGAUAAUAGGCAAAAUGUUAAUUGUUAGCGAUUGUUCUGCAUGGCUGGAUUAGCACAGGUCAUUCAUCAACGAAGAAGGAAGAUUUCCACUUGCUGAGUGGGGGAUGAGUGGGUUCUGUCC